AUGCAACGUCAGCAGAUCCCCGCCCCGGACCGGAACACUACGGACAUCCAUUCGAUGCAGAGAUGGCAGCAACAGAAGAUGUACCAGGCCCAGGCGCCCGUAGACACCGCCACCCAGUUGCUGCAGUAUAGAGAACGCCUCGACUCUGCUCCGCAAUUGCCUUCGCAGCGCCCGGCUCCGUCGCAGCAUGACUUCUCGGGCUCCAUCCGACGCCCCGCCAGUGACUGCCAUAAUAAUUGUCACUGGUGA